ACCUAUGCUUUUCACCUGUGUCAACAGACAAGCUAAUCCGCUAACUAGUAGAUAGCCGCGUUAAACCCUUUUGUAUUUUAAGACUAAAGCUGAAACAAACAACCACAUUUCUUGACUAUGUAUUAACGUUAUAGAGAAGUGACUUUGGGCUAAUAACACUAGAGAGAAGCUUCCAGACCAUCCCACCGUUUUCACAUGCUAAUACCAGUAUUUUGUUAAAAAUGUUGUAACACUAUUAGUUAUUACAGUGGGCUAGCAACGAACGGCUAGCUGUGCUGUUCUUAUGAUAACAACACAAUAAUCUCAAGGUCACCUAAUUUUUUUCAUGGGACCGACUGACUUCUGGUUUUAUGGAAGUCAUGGCAGACCUUGGCAUCAAGGCAGGACACAAUGUGCUGUUGGUUUGGACUCAGCCCUCAGCACCAGCAGCCCUGAAACAGUAUGCAGAGGAACUGGGUGCCAUUGUUGGUGCCGAUGGCAAAGUCUCAAUGGAGAACAUGGACAGACUAUUGCUGUCCUCCCAUUCAGCGUCCACCUUUGACUGGGUGCUCUCUUGCCUUCUGGCUGACAGCUCCUCCAUCCACAGUUCAGAGACUCUAGCAGAAAUGGCCAGAGUGCUCAAACCUGGUGGGAAGCUGGUUCUGGAUGAAGCAGUUACAGGAGCUGAGGCGCAGAGUGUGAGGACUGCUGAGAAGCUGAUGUCAGCUCUGAAGUUGUCGGGCUUCAUGUCAGUGACAGAGCUCAGUCAAGCAGAACUGAGUCCCGAGGCGUUGAGCUCCCUCAGGACGGCAACUGGUUACCAAGGAAACACUCUGUCUAGAGUCCGCAUAUCUGCCUCCAAACCCAACUAUGAGGUGGGAUCAUCCAGCCAGAUUAAACUGUCAUUCGGGAAAAAGACGCCCAAACCGGCAGAGAAACCUGCUCUGGAUCCCAACACUGUCAAAAUGUGGACGCUGUCAGCCAAUGACAUGGAUGAUGUGGACCUGAUAGACUCUGAUGCUCUGCUGGAUGAAGAUGACUUGAAGAAGCCUGACCCAGUUUCUCUUAAAGCACCCAGCUGUGGAGAGGGAGCCGGCAAGAAGAAGAAAGCCUGCAAGAACUGCACAUGUGGUCUUGCUGAGGAGUUGGAGCAGGAGAGUAAAGGAACGCAGAAGAAUAACCUACCAAAAUCUUCAUGUGGAAGUUGUUACCUUGGUGAUGCGUUCCGAUGUGCCAGCUGCCCGUACAUGGGGAUGCCAGCGUUCAAACCAGGGGAGAAGAUUGUGCUGGACAACGACACACUGACAGACGCUUGAAACACUCGAUUUCACACAUCCUACAGCUCAUGCUUCAAAACGUUACAUUCCUUUCUUUUCCAUCCAUCCUGAGACACGAUUCCCUCUGCAAAAACACUGAGUUUAAAGCUGCUUUUUCAGUGGACGUCAUUGCAGAUGUGAUGAGGAUUUCUGCCCGUUUGUCUGCUCAGUGAGAUGGCUUCUGUUUGAUGUGUUCAGUUCUUGAAAUUACAACACACAUCAUUUUGUUUGAUGUCCUUAUGUACCAACAAAAGCAAGUCAGUUUCUUAAUUUGAGUUUGGCAAUGCAGCUUUGACAAUGUGCAAGAGUGACAAAAAUUCAAUGGGAAAAAAAUGCAUGCAGUCAUUAGUUUUACUCCUAUUGUUAAUUAUGCAAACUGUGGUUUGAAUUACCUGGAAGGUUUCUAGGAAAUACAUAAAAGCACUGAAAUACA